AUGGUAGGGCGGUGGAGACGACGACCAGCCGAUGAAUUGGAGCAUGCGUCUGUCUCCCAAGUCGCUGUUCCGCGAAGCGGUCGACUCGACGCCGCCUUCGUCGUCCAGCGACCUGAACAGCUCGACCAACUCGAGCGUCGUGGGCUCGCUGGAACGCUCACCCUCGGUGCCCGUGGUGACGCCGGUGCUUCGGCAGGGCCCACGCCGCCUUACAAGCGCAUCAGGGCCCUGCGACUCUUCGGUUCACAGCAGACUCCCAACACCCUGCUGCAGCACGCCGAGAUGCCCAUCACCAUGCACAUUAGCCGGCAGCGGCUCAGCCAGCACGUGAAGCCGGUCCAAACGGCUGCAACCGUCGCGGCCUUGGCCAACCCGCCGGAGCAGACACCGAAGAGGCAGAGGAAGUGCUACAGCGUGUUCAGGGCUCCAGAGAAUGGGACUUCUGAAUGCCUGUUGAAGUGCUAUGACGAUGAAGCCGUGCAGGAUUAUGUUUUUAAGAUGCAGCGCAUCACGCGAAUGGAGCCCGGUCAGUCGCGCUACGAAACCGAGUUCCUGGAGUUGGCCGAAGUGGGCAGCAGUGAGUUUGGCAGCGUGUGCAAGUGCCUGCACCGACUUGACAGAUGCGUCUACGCCAUCAAGAAGUCUCGCAAGCCCACGCGGGGCACCCAGGGUGAGAAGACUGCCCUUAACGAAGUUUAUGCGCACGCGGUGUUGGGCCAGCAUCCACACGUCGUCCGCUACUACUCUGCUUGGGCGGAAGACCACCACAUGAUCAUCCAGAAUGAGUUUUGCAAUGAGGGCAGCCUGCCCGAUGCCUGCUCGAUGCCAGGGCCGCCUGCUCGAUAGCGUGUUAGUUAUGUCGGCGAAGAAAAAAAGAGUGUGGAAGGUGUAAUCGAACAUAUUGAGUGCUGGUUCGGCUCAACACAUACACAUUUCACUCCGAUUCAGUGCAUGUUUCGCUAUUGCCAAGGAGGAACCCAGCGUUUACUUUGGGACUGAUGCCUGCUAGAAAUUUGAUCUACCGGAAUACUGCACACGUUUGAAUCAAAUGAUGACGACAGUUGACCGGCAAGAAGUUUCAGAUAAUGUUUGUGCGUUUUACAUACUACGGCGAGUAUUAUUAGGUAUAAACCAGA